UUGUUGAACUCUCUGGGCCAGUUUCUUUCUGUUUUUUGGUUUUUCAGAUAAACAAGUCUUCCUUGUUUAUUUGAAAUUCAGAUUUAACUGGCUGUCCUGCGUUUUGUCUGGCAACCUCACCUUGGAAUAAUGCCCCAAUUUUCAGUCCUCUUCUCUUUCCUCCCUCUACUCGCAUUUCUCACUCUUUUUUUUUUGGCCGGGCCACAUGGCUGGUGGGAUCUCAGUUCCUCAACCAGGGACUGACCCUGGGCCCCGGCAGUGAAAGCCAGGAAUCCUUACCACUAGGCCACCAGGAGACCCCCUCUGGGCCAGUUUCUUGAUCUGUAAAAUCAGAAUAUUACUAUUCAAGAUUGUUGUAACGUUUGAUCUAAAUAAUACGCACAAUGCUCCUGGCAUGUAAUAGGUGCGAAAUAAAUUCCCUCACCUCUUCCUGGUUUUCACUCUCCCUCCUGCUGCUUCCCGGCACCACCCCACCCCCGCAGUUCCGCCUCACAGAAGCGUCAUUGUUGGUGAAUCUGCCCCUUCGUUUUCCGCCUUUGUUCAUACUCCCGUUCUUUAAGGAAUGCCUUCCUCAUGCUCAGUUCCGAGCCUGCCUCAAGGCGUCCUAGACCCUCCAGUUGCAAAUAACGCCCUCCCUGGUCUUCCGUUGCCCCGCAGCAUGGAAAAUUCCCAACUUGCUAAGCAGUUAGCUGUCUUUUACUUUAAUUACUUGUAGAUAGUUCCUGAGUUGGAAGCUUCCGGAAGAUGCAAAGCCUACUCGAUGAAAGACUACAGUCUGUCCGCUUCUGGCUUCCACCUGUAGCGGGCCUGGCCAUGUUCAGCUGUGACUUCAUGGUGUCAAGGUUCACUGGAACUCAUCCCUUUCAGUGUUCAGAGCUGCAAACCAGCCACUGCUUGCUUUCACAUGUAAGCCCAGUGCAGAGCCUUGUGAUGCAGCCCAUUGGGGUUUUACCUGGGAUGGCAUUGAACCCAAGUACCCAGCCAUCAAGGCCCUGAUGCGGCCGGACCCUCACCUCAAGUGGCUGGUGCUGGGGCUGGUGCUGGCGCAGCUGCUGGCCUGCUGGCUGGUGCGGGGCCUGGCGUGGCGCUGGCUGCUCUUCUGGGCCUACGCCUUCGGGGGCUGCGUGAACCACGCGCUGACGCUGGCCAUCCACGACAUCUCGCACAACACGGCCUUUGGCACUGGCCACCCCGCCCACAACCGCUGGUUCGCCGUCUUCGCCAACCUGCCCUUGGGUGUGCCCUACGCCUCCUCCUUCAAGAAGUACCACGUGGAUCACCACCGCUACCUGGGCGGCGACGGGCUGGACGUGGACGUGCCCACGCGCCUCGAGGGCUGGCUCUUCUGCACGCCGGCCCGCAAGCUGCUCUGGCUGGCGCUGCAGCCCUUCUUCUACUCGCUGCGGCCGCUCUGCGUGCACCCCAAGGCCAUGACCCGCAUGGAGGUGUUCAACGCCCUGGCGCAGCUGGCGGCCAACGCCACCAUCUUCACCCUCUGGGGGCCCAAGCCCAUGGUCUACCUGCUGGCCAGCUCCCUGCUGGGCCUGGGCCUGCACCCCAUCUCGGGCCACUUCGUGGCUGAGCACUACAUGUUCCUCAAGGGCCACGAGACCUACUCCUACUACGGGCCCCUCAACUGGAUCACCUUCAACGUGGGCUACCACAUGGAACACCACGACUUCCCCAGCAUCCCGGGCUGCAACCUGCCCCUGGUGCGGAAGAUCGCGCCCGAGUACUACGACCACCUGCCCCAGCACUACUCGUGGGUGAAGGUGCUCUGGGACUUUGUGUCCGAGGACUCCCUGGGGCCCUACGCCAGGGUGAAGCGGGUGUGCAAGCUGGCGAAGGACGGCCUGUGAGCCCGACGGCCGGCGCCCCGAGAGCACGGACCCUGCUGCGCGCGCCUCAGUGCCCGGUGGGAGCAGGGCCUGUGCUCUCUGUCUGCUGCCCGGCCUCGCCCCGCCCACCUGCAGGGCUGGCCGUCACCUGUCCCCAGGGCGUGCAGUGCCCAGAACUGGUUUGGCUGCAUUUAGUUCCCGCACCCUAGGCUGCUGUUCUUGUCCCCCUGGAGUCCCGAGACCACGCCUGGAGACAGCGGGCGCGGGUGGCAGCCUGGAGAAGCUUGGUCUGCACGGGGACUGGUGACCGCAGGCCGGGCCCUCCCUUUCAGGACGUCACGCGCGAGGCCUGGCCCGGCGCUGGGUGCCCUGUGCCCAGGGAGCUGAUUUCUCUGGCGUGCCCAUGCCCUAAAUUAAAGCAGCAUGUUUUCAAGUCCACAAAGGGUGCUUCCCAGGAGUGGGCUCGGCUCCUGGCCAGCAGGGCCUGAGGCCACGCUCCUCCCUCUGGGGCAGCCUUCCCCGGGGGCCCUGUCAUUGAGUGGCCGGUUUUGGGGGUGUGGGCAGAGAUGAGAUCCACGUGGUCCUCGGGCCGCGUCCCUGCUCCCGCCACAACCCUGCCCCCCACCCCCACCCCCGCGCCUGCCGAGCUCCUGCUGCACGUUGGGGCCCUCACCCCCACCAGCUCAGACGUGGGGCUUGAGGAGAACAGGUACCACAGGCCAGGCAGAUGGCGGGUGCACAGGCGGCUGCACCGACGGGUGACUGCCCAAGUGAGCUAGGGCUCUGACGGAAGCUGGCUGGUGUCCUCGGUGUCUCUGCGAAGCGGGAUGCGGCUCGGCCGGACUGUGCGGAGGGCUAAUGGCCCAGCUGAGAGGUGGGGAGGCAUCGCUGGCGCCAGCCCCUGGGCCCAGGGGCUGUGUCGGGGUGUGGGUCCUGGUCUUCCAGAGGCAGGCGGGCAGCAGGAGGGAUGCCUGGGCGAGGCCCUCCCUGCCAGAGGAAGCGGCCGGGCCAAGACGGCCUCCCUUUGGAGCCGUGAGGCUGGGGAGGCCGAGGACCACGGCCCAGGGGCGGGCAUGGCGGGGCUGCCUUAGCUGGCCCGGGAGAGAGAGGGCUGGGAGGAAGGCCCAGCUGGGCGGGGAGGAAGGUCUCAGGUGCCUGAGACAGGGCAGUUGCUACGCAAGGGCUUCCUGCUCAGGGCUGGGAGUGGCCUCGCGUGUGCCAGGCACCCCUGUCCACGGGUGUUCUGACCACUGAGGUGGCCCGGGGAAGAGGCCCUUGGACUGGCUGUGGGAGGGCAAUGCGGCUCUGAGCCUGGGCAGGCGGCCCCUCCUUGUGCACACACGCUGGCCUGGGCCCAGGGGAGCCCCAGAGAGCCCAGCUGAGCCUCGCGAGCUCUCCGUGUCCGCCAGCGAGCUUAUCUGCCGACGGGACGGUCACGGCUGGGCCUCACCCAGAGCCGAAGGUGGGCCCAGGGCAGGGGUCUGGCACAAAUCUCUCGAGAGGCAGCUGCCCAGAAGAGGGGAGCACCCCGUCGCCACCUGCCAGGACUCUCUCCCCGAGGCACCGAGGCGACAGGGUUCUUGGACAGCGGGAGGCAGAAGGAGCCCGGGAGAGCGGCUCAUGGAGCUGUGUGUGGGUUAAGCCGCUCACCUCCCAGCCGGCAGAACAGCCCUAUUCCUGUGUCCCAGGGUCGCUGGGAGCACUCGGUGAGACGGUGUGUCCAGAGCCUGGCCAGAAAACAGCCCCACUGUCACGAGCCAGACUGGGGGCCCUCCUCCCGUGGCCCCAGGAGACGGCUGGGCCAGCGCCUGGGCACACUGUGCCGUGGUGCCUGCGUGAUAGUCAAAGGACGCCAAAGCCUUCCCACUGGCUGGGGCCUCACUCCUGCCACGGAGGCGGGGACCUGUGCUCCUCCCUGGGGGCUGCAGGAGACUUGUGGGGCAGGGCGGAGGCCUUCCCUGCCCGCCUUGCUGGGCCCGAGUCACGGGGCGCCCCUCUGCGCGGCGGGGAGGGUAAGCUGGUGCCUCCUCCCGGCCCUGCUGAUGUUCCAGGCGCCACUCAGAGCCCGUCUCCCUGGAGGAGGCCCUGGGGGGCGGCUCCUGGGCCCCCCGCCGGCAGUGCCUGAGCUGCGCGGCUCAGCGGCCCGUCCCCCCUUGCAUCUGCGUCAGCCCAGCCUCGCACCCACGGCCGCUACUGCCGUGGGCCCUUCCCCCAAAAGAGGCCUCCCCGGCCGGGAGCCGCCAACAGCGAGCGAGUCGGAGCCGGGGUGUGGACGGUAAGCGUUUAUUACCACGUGCACACAGACCGCCUGGCGCGUGGAUGGACCCCAACCACCAGGACGCUGGGAAGGAGCCGCGUGGAAGCGGCCGCUGCUCCCGGUGGCACCUAGGAGAAAACUUGAAACCACCUAGCGAGGCGCGUGACUGACUCGGGGUGUCUUCUCUAUAAACCGAAAGGAAUGUACACUUAAAUAGGCAAAUAUAAAAUACAAAAAAAGGCGAUAGGCCUGGUGUGCUGUGUCAGGUUGAAUCUAAAAAAAUCCAGGAGCUGAACUUUUUUCCUCAUUUUAAUAUUUUAUCACAGGUUAAGACUUUUAAACGAAGCACAUCCUAGCUUCAGUGCGUGCUCGUGUGUGCUGGAGGCCCGGGGCGCUGAGCUCCUUGCUGUCCCCGCCUUCGGCUGGACCGGGUCUCAGGCGGCGUCGGGGGCCGAGCGACCUACGAUGUGCUGAUCCCACUCAGCUCCUGCCUGAUGGCUGAGAGGACAGGGCGGGACAGGAGGCUCAGGCGCCGCCCCCCGGCCUGCUCAGGUCCUGCCUGGGGUCUGCCCCGCUGUCUCCCCCCAGGCCAGAGGGCAGGCACCGCAGCGGGCUCCGGCCGACUCCGGGGUGACAGCAAAGCCCUCUGUGGGUCUCAUCUGCCGCUUCUCGUGAGCUGGCAGCCCCUCAAAGAUGGCACUGCCCCUUCCCCGUCAGAGGACGGACUGGUAAGGGGCAGGCAGGCAGCCCAGCUCUGCUCGGAGGACCGGCAAGCCCCCCACCCCGCCCCCAGGGGCAGCAUCAGGUCGGUGACCUUGAGCAGGGCGGAGGGCUCCCAUGCCCUGCCUCCCGGGCCUGGGCUCGCCCCAUCCGGAGGGGGCCGGGGCUUCUCCCUGCUCCUCUCCCCAGAGUCCUCCCCCAGAUGUGAGCCUCUGCCCGGACAGACCCCAGGGGGCCUGCAGCCGAAGGCCAGGAGAGAGAGCUAAGGGCCGGGCCCGUCUCCAGCAGCAGGGGAACGAGGGGAGGGUUCCAGGAGACCCCCAUGGCCCACAUCUCCCCCAGCCUCUCAGCCGCCCGCCCCAGAGGCUGCGUCCACCAUGGCCGCGCUGUGGCAGGUGCAGAGACGGGGGCCCCCCCACACCCACUGGCUCCCUCCGUCGAGGCUGUGCCCUCUGCUCGCUGGCUGGCUGGCAGCCCUGCUUCGGGCCCCACACCAGCCCUGGCCCUGGGGCCACACAAGCAGCCCUCCUGAGGUGGGAGCGCCCAGCAUCAGAGCAGGGUUAAUAGUUGGCCUCUGUCUCCUCUCUGGCUCUGCUUUCUCUCUUCAUUCAUUAACUCCUUAUCUGCCCAUCCCAGGCCUGUGGGGGGACUGGGCAAACAGGAACUGAGUGCUCUCUGGGUCAAGGACGGGGUGUGGCCGUCACCCAGCCCUGGGCAGGGGUCCGGCUCUGCUGGCACCCCACGCAGGCUCCCAGCCGCCUCUCCUCUCUCCCAUGUCUGGCGGCCCUCCGCCACCAGCACCCAGCAGGUGGGAUGGGGAGGGGUGUGGGCACCAGGCUGUGCCUCACUGCUCUGUCGGGCGGAGCCAGCCCUGCCCGAACCUUUCCUUUUCCUCUGGCUCCAGAUCUGAGCCAGCGGCAUCAAAGGCUACGGUGGGGCCCGGAAGGACGGAUGUGAUUCACCGUGACGAGGCCCUGCCGCUAGAGCCACAUGCCCGCUCCCUCAGGCCAGGCCAAGCAGGCUGUGAACUAGGUCAGGCCCAUAGGUGCUGAGCUAAGCAGCAGAUAACUCAGGGCCGCUCUGGGCCUGGGGAUGCACUCUCGGAUCUUUCUCCUCGACACAGGCUAAUCCUGGGAAGACAGACUGAGGCGGCAGAGCAGCAGGGCGUCCCCGGCCUUACACGAGGCGCUUAAUCUGAGUCUCAGUUUGCUCAGAGACGCGGGAGGGUGGUGCUGGCCACUGGGAGGAAGACUGACCCCCGCCCCCAUGCUGGUACAAGGCCCAGGCCUCCUGGCCCUGGACGGCCUCCCUGGCUGGACCAUCCUGGACCCCUGCUUGGCCGCCCUGGGCGCAGGCAGGCCUCCGUCUUCAAGGACGCUGGGUGCACCCCGGCUCAGGGCGAUGCCGGGGGUGGGGGCCCUCUACUCACCAUCGAUGAUCUCCUCCUUCACUUUGUGGAGCUCGCGGACCACCUCCUCGAGGAUCUCCUGGUGGGAGCAGAGCCUCGGAGUGAAGGGACAGACAGCAGAGAAGUGGCCUUGACCGAGGGGCAGGGGCAGCGCCACAACCCUCACCCCUGCCCAUGUCACCCGUGUUCUCGCCUCCCUCCCCAAGCUGGGGAACGGUGUGUGAGUGGGACGUGAGACACCCUCCCACGCCUGAGAAAUACUCAGGAGGAGCCGGGGUGCCCGGAAGGGGAAGCCCCAGAGGCGGGCCGGGAGCCUUUUCCUGGUAAGGACAGGGGCAGGGGGACCGACGCUGCGCGUGUCCCCUCCCCUCCCCUACCGCCGGCUCCCGACUGCUGGCAGCCGCAUGUGGCCCUCUUGGGCAAGAGGGCGGGCCUGCCUGCCCACGCGGCCCCGACAAGUCCCCAGCCUCUGGCUCCUUCACAGCCUCUCCGGGAAGGACACACUCACCUGUUUCAUCCGGUCUAAGUCUAAGGCAUCCAGGGCCACGUCGUUUACACUUCCUGCCGGCUUCAUCCUGGGGAGAGGGCGGCAGGGUGCGGUCAGGUGGGCGUUGGGGCCCGGCAGGCGCCCCCGUGCUGGGAGACUGAGCGGUGCCCCAGCGCCUCCCGGCUGCGGGCCCAGCCCUGCCCUCUCCCAUCGUCCUUCACACGCUUUCUGCUUCUACCUCCGGCCGCUCCUUAGCUACCUGAAAAGGACUCCAAUGCCCUGUCUCCACCUCGAGAGGGGCUCAUGGAUACUGUGACCAUAUUUCCCAACCCAAGAGUCAGGACUUGGUGUCUUCUGCCUGGACAGCUCUCACACAGAAGCAGCCACGUAAGUGGACAGCGUCACAUGCUGCCUCCCCUGGAAAGGGACCCUGAUAAGCUGGCCCUCAGUGUGAGGGUCUGCGUUCCUGGCUAGACGGAGGCUUGGGGGAAACCAGUAACGAUGGCAUUAAAUACGAGACAAAAUUGCAAAAACCUUAAACACUCGUCCUAAAGGCACCCACUUCCGACACAAACACGUGUCCCUGGUGUUGGUAACCGGCUCUGGUGUGUAAUUACUUCAGGAAACGUCCUUGGAUGUGGUUUUGCUCGUCUCAGGCAAAGGUUUCAGUUUUGGGGACUGUCCUGAUGCUUCCGAACUAAGGUUAGCUGGUUUGAAACUUCAUGUCUCUUGCACAUGAAUCCUCCCUGGAAAAUCUUGGCAGGGAAUUGCCUGGUGGUCCAGUGGUUAGGACUUGCUGCUUUCAGAGCCGGGGCCCAGGUUCACUCCCUGGUCGGGGAACUAAGAUCCCACCAGUGGAAGAGAGGAGGGGAGGGAAAGAUGGAAGGACGGAAGGACGGAGGAAGGGAGGAAGGAAGGAAAUCUUGGCAAACGCUCGUCUAACCACCUGGCCUUUCAAAGCAGGACCAUGGUGCUGAGGGUACACUUUCUGGAUCCACUUUCUGUCCCCACGUGGAGAGAAAGGCAGGUUCAGGGAAAUGAUGUGGCUAGAGCCAGCUGCAGGGAUCGUGGAUGUGACAGCUGGCGGACAGACACUGACCUGGCGGACUGGCAUGGCUACCAGGGGUCACUGUACAGAUUAGGUCCAUCUGGGGAAAUCGAGGGCUGGUGUUCUCCACAGCGAAGGAGAACAAGCAUGAAAACUAAAGUGCUGGUGCCGCCGCGAUGGAGAACAGUGUGGAGGGGCCUCAAAGGAUUAAGAACGUAAUGACCACACGAGCCAGCAAUCCCACCUCUGGGUACACAGCCGAAGGGAAUGAAAUCACUGUCCCAGGAGACAGCUGCACCCCCAUGUUCACUGCAGCGUUAUUCACAACUGCCAUGACAUGGGAACAACCCAAGGGUCCGCUGACAGAUGAAUGGAGACAGAAGAUGUCAUGUCUGUAUCUGUGUGCGUGUGUGAGUGUAUGUACACACACGUGUACAUAUGUACAUCACACGGUUACAUAAUGGAGUAUUCUGCCACAAGAAAGAAGGAAACCCUGCCAUUUGUGACAACAUGGACAUUAUGCUAAGUGAAAUAAGCCAGAGAAAAACAAACGCCGCAUGAUCUCACUUAUAUGUAAAAUCUAGGAAAGCCGAACUCAGAAACAGAGCGCAGACUCGUGGCUGCCAGGGGCUGGCGGGUGGCGGCAACCGGUGGAGGUGGUCCACGGGCACACACUUCCGCUACUAAGAUGGGCUCCCUCUUGGGGGUGUGACGUACAGCACGGUAACUAUGGUUAACGAUACUGUAUCGUAUGCUUGAAAGGAGCGAAGAAAAUAGACCUGAAAGUUCUCACCACACACGUACAAAAAAAGGUAACUGUGUGAGGUUAUGGACGAGUUAACUUACCUGACUGUGGUAACCAUUUUACAAUGCACACGUGUAUCAAAUCACAGUGUGGUACAUCUUGAACUUACACAACGCUAGAUGUCAAUUAUAUCUCAAUAAAACUGGAUUAAAAAAAACCCACUGAAUGCUAUUGUAAAUAAAAUUUUAGUGUCCAGUGCACAAAGCUGGGUUAAAAAAGAAAAGAAAAAGUGCUCCUGCGCCCCUCCUGGAUGAACUCAAUAAAGAGACUCAAUAAAUGUGGUCCUGACUGAGUUUGUACGUUAACUUUGGGUCCUGAUGUGGAAAGAGGUCCGGCCUGAGAUCCCUGGAUCCGUCACACCCAUCCUGUAGUUUCCAGUCACCUGGACAAACCGCUUCACCUCUCUGGGCCUCGGUCCCCCCAUCUGCAGACCUGGAAAGUGCCCCCGAUGGUGACCCCGACAGCUUUUGUGAGCCCU